CCAAGCACUGAUGCAAGGCGUUGUGAACUGCGCGCAUUUGAGUGAUUUCCACGUUGGCUCGUCUCUUGGAUUUGUUGAGAUUAUUUUUAAGUAAAAAGCGGGGGGUUUAUCUUUACUUUUCAUUUAUCUUUAACUCGGGUCCUUAUAUACCCCCUACUCCUUGGUUGUCGUGGGUGAAACGUUUCGCUGACGCUUUAUCUGCUCUAUCAUCAUGGACCACCACGCAAUGCAUCAUUCGGAUAUGGACAUGGGCCACGGAGGCAUGGAUCACGGAGGCCAUGGCGGAAUGGAUAUGGGUGGCCAGUGUAACAUGAAUAUGCUCUUCACCUGGUCCUCGAAGAACCUCUGCAUCAUCUUUCGCCAGUGGCGCGUUGACGGGCCCAUCUCGCUUCUGGCUUCCUUGGUCGUCAUUGUUCUCUUGACUGCUGGAUAUGAGGGUAUACGAGAGUUGACACGCCGAUAUGAGGCAGCGCAUAUUCGCCGUCUUUCUGCGUUUACGGCUACGACAGGGGGCAAUGAGAUCGCCGACGAAUCUGCCACGGCCAAUAUCCUUCCAACCGAGAAUCCCACCACCUAUGUCCCCGACGCUAGCUCACCGCUGCUUGCAGGCAGAGACAACAGGAGGAUCGUGGAGCGAAACGGGAAAGUCACCAUCGCGGCGUUGUAUGCCGUGCAGGUGUUUUACAGUUUCUUCAUCAUGCUACUCUUCAUGACGUACAACGGUCUGGUAAUGCUGGCAGUCGCUGUUGGUGCGUUCGUAGGAUAUUUGGCUUUCGGGCAAAAUACAUCGGCUGUCAAAUCAGUUGCCUGUCAUUGAGUCGGCUUCACGCCGCAAGAGAUAUUGUGGGGAGACAUUUUCUGGAGGAAAUGGACGAAUGUAGCGACUAGGCUUCAUGGGUGCGAAACAACAGUGGAUUGUUUUGUCGU